UACGACUCGUUCGAGUUUGCGCACCAGGACGCGCACUUUCCCCACACGCCCUCGUACAACGGCUCGUACCAGAACUCGCCCUACUCCAACAUCUCCGACCUCCCGCCGUUCGACGACGAGCACACGCUCGGCCUCUUCGAGACCGGCGCGGGCAUCUCCAUCACCGAAGAGUACGACCCCUCCGAGUACGACGUGCCGUCCACAUCGGGCCUGCUCUUCGACGACUCGUUCAUCUCGCCCGAGAACUUCCCGCACGUGUCGAUCACCCCGCCGAUGUACGACCAAAAGUCCGCGUCCGCGUCUGCGUCGCCGGCCGUGUUCGACCACAGCUCGCCGGGCUCGAGCAACGGCGGCGAGGACGACGCGCGCAGCGGCGCGUCCACGGCGUCGUCGUAUGUCCACGAUGCGUCGCCGCGCCUGGACUUUGCGCAGAACUUUGAGAACCUGCACUUUGAGUCGCCUGCGUGGGCGCAUGCGCACCUGCCGGGCGCCGACAGGACGUCUCCGCCGGUGCAGAAGCCCCAGUCGCCGCCGCAGCUGGUGAUUCCGUCGAGCCCGUCUCCU